AUAUAUAUAUAUAUAUAUAGAGGGGGCUCCUCACUAAACCAUGAUCCUCUGCUCUUGGAUGAUCUCUCUUUGGUUCUCUGUGGAAGAGGAGAAUCGAAGAGAAGUGCAGCUGCUGCGUCCCCGUCGACCCGUCUUCCCUCCGAGACGCCCAACUCCUCCAUGGCGACCGAUGCUUCCGACCAUCCUCUGCUCGAUCUCACUCUGUCGUUGAGCGUCGGCACGCAGCGGCCGACUCCCGGUGAGGAGUCCCAGAGCCGUGCGAAAAGCCUGCAGGUAUUGAGGCAACAAACUGCGGAGCAGAUCCGACUUGCUGCCGCGGAGAAUGCAUAUGCUGAGAGGAUGAGGGAGGUGACGAGGAUGGAGAUGGAGUUGGCGGAGAAAGAGUAUGCACGAGCUCGGCUGGUAUGGGAGCGAGCCAGAGAGGAGGUGAAGAAGGUGGAGAGGAUGAAAGAGAUGGCGACCGGGAGGAUCAACUCGGCGUGCUUGGAGAUCACUUGCCACAGUUGCCAUCAACGAUUCCGGCCGUAGCGGAGGCCGGUCCGACGUGAGUCUUUGUCACUUGUUGGAUUAUGGGAUCAUUUAUCGCGAGUUGAUCGAAACUAAGGGUGUCUUUUUUGCCUCUGCUGCGUCGACGAUGUUCUUCCAAUUUGUCUCUCCACGAAGGUAGAAUAACAAAGUUGGUGUGGUGAUAUGAAAGAAGGCUGUUCCAAUUGCACGAUUGUCAAAAAUGUUUCUAGUUGAUAUAUGUAUUCUAAUGGAAUCGAUGAAGCAGCGAUGCGAUCAUCUUCA